AAGAAAGGGUUAGCUUUGGUCCUGCCUCCUUUCCUUUCUCUCCUUUGCUCGUCCCUCCUCCGGCCUUAGUUUGGAAAGUCUGUUAACUUGGCCAGGAGGUUACGGAGCCCAGGGCUUUCCCCAGCAGCCUUGUCCUCUCACCUUGUCCCUCCUCCAGCUCCCGAGCACACGAUCUGGAGGACUGCUGGGCAAGUUGCUGGAAUGACUAGCUGCAGCUAACUCGGGUCGGGAAAAUGCGACAGCGACUGCCCACUCGAGGUCGUCAUGGCGACAGCCAGUGAACGUGUUCCUCUCCUCGGGCAGGCCCCCGAGUGUAGAGGAGCUGCUUCGAGAGGCGCAGCUCAAUCUCCAGAGCCUGUUGCAAGGUACUGAGAGGGAGGGGGGCUGCGGCCGGAGCCCACAGGCGACAUGCGCCGCGGCUGGAGGGAGGCGAAGAAGAAAGAGGACAGGGACCAGCUAGAGAAAAAGACAGAACAGUUUAAAACCCACUGAAAAACAAAACAUAAAUUUCCCAUCUCUUUACCUUCCAGACUAAUGAUUUCUACAGCUGUUUACUCGCACCCACCCCCUGCCCCUUUAUUUUGCAGUUCAGGAGUACAUGGGGGGGGGCGGGGGGGGGGGGAGACAGAGGCAGAAGCAGGGCAAUGGUCAAGCCAUUUACCAAGAGAGCUGGGUGAGAGACUCCCCUGCGUGACCUUACAAACCUUCUAGACCCUCUCUUGCCACAUCACCUAUGUCUUUGGAAUUCUCGCACCCAAAGACAAUGGAGGCAUCUGCAGGGUCUCCCUCUCAGGACCUCGCUCACUCUGCUCUUGUCUUAACCUUGUCCGUGUGGCUCCUGGGUAGCUAGCUACUGCCUCAUCAAAGGAAGCCCAGUACACAGCACCCAGAUCUCUCCUCGUCCCCAAAUCCCAGCCUGGCAUCUUUGGAGUAUACAGAUGAGUACCCUGUACACCAAGCUGGGUCCACAUGACCCAGAAAAACAGCCGAGUUGUAGUACCAGAGCAGUCAGAUUGCAUGCACCAGGUAGAGUGAGAAAACACAGAUUUUGAAAUCAGACAGACCUAGAAUCACAUUUGAAUCCCAUGCCUAACCAGCUGUGAGACACUAUGCAGAUUACCCAACCUCCCUGAGUUUCAGAUCAAUCCGUCAUCUUUCAAAUCAGAUUCCAAUUACCCACAUGACAAAGUUUUGUGAGAAGUAAAAAUGGUAUGUAACCUGCUUGGCAAGAGUAUCUUGCAGCUGAAGAGACCCUGAUAAGAUGCACCGUCAACUCCCAGUACGUGUCCUGUGGAACGCAGGGCAUGGCUGGGAACGAUACUAAAGUUACCAUAAAAGAAAAGACUGUACAGUCCAUGAUAAGACUUUGCAAUAUGAAAACCAUACUCGUUUAUGAGAGGGAUUUAGCUAAUGUGAGUGGCAAAAGGAUUAAACCUCAGUGCUAUGCGAGAGGCUACUGGGGCAUUACAGUUUCUGGAUGGAGGUUACAAGGGACAUGCGUAUGUCAAAAUUCACUGAGCUGCGCACUUAAGAUUUGCGUUCCUUACUGUAGGUAAGUUCUAUCUCCAUGAAAUAAUACAAAUAAAACCUCAGUUGUAGUCGCAAGCUCCAUGCCUAUGCCAGGCACUCGCUGUACCACUUGGGCUUUUUUCCAAGCCUAGAAGCCCUUCCUCGCUCUCCCAACCCCCAAUCCUCACACUUUAUUCAAAGCUCCCUUCUUGCCUCACCCAAAAACCCCUUUAACGCUCUACACUUUGCAUCCUUCCCUGCAUGAGCACUCGUGUCAGCUGCCUUACGCCAUCCAGCUCAAGAGGUCUUGUAUUGUUCUGAGCUGCUUUUUCUCUCAUUUGUCCCUUCAUUUACUCAUUCAUCUACUAGUCCUGGGUGUAGAGUUUGUCCACAUAACCAGACUGACUGUCUCAACAUAAAGAAUGUUAUCUCUUCAUACCCUUGCCUUUCUAGAAGCACCUGGCACAGAGCUGGAUCUCCAGGAGGGGCUCAGUAGACAUUUGUUGAGUGAAUGUUACGUGUGUAAAGAAGCCUUAUCGGCUCUCAUUUAUCCACACCAACAAAGGUUAACUUGUAAGGGGACUAGAAAACAGCAGCUGGGCCACCCAACUGGACUACAGCCCAAACCCCCACCUCCCUGCCAGGGCAGCAGUGACCUUAGAGAAGCAAGGUUCUGAGGGACACCAUGAGCCUUGUAUUCAGAUAAGAGAGGAGCUAUCAUGCAGAAAAAGAGUCCAUGUGCUUUAUGUUGCCACCAUGGGCAGAAUUAGGAUGGGUGGGUAGAAAUAUAGAGGGAGGUAUAUUCUACCUCAAGAUAAGGAAGAGCUUUCCUGACAUGCCUGACAGCCCCAACUGUUCUUGGAUGGAAUGAGCUGCCUUGGGAGGAAGGCUGCCGUCCCUUCUCUGCAGGAGCAUGUGGAGGCUGAAGAAGCAACUGGAAGGUCUGCUUAGGAGGAACUCUGAGCCCACAGUCGGGUGUUGGACCAGAGAACUUUUGAGGCCCCUCCUGAGUCCAAGUUUCUGGGAGUCUUAAAGUCUGUUCAAAUGUGCAUAGAGCCCCACCUGUUGUUUCUUUGCUCUCACGUUCCUCCUUUACUCAUCGAAUUCAUCACUUAAAUGAAGCCCAUCCAAAUCCUUUGCAUCCUUCUUACUCGCUGACAAUGCCCCUUGACUUCUCCCGCCUUCUAUGUCACUACCUCUGCUUUCCCUCUGCUUCAGCUAAGCCCCUCUUGACCUGACACCACCCACAGUGGGACCAAGGUGCAGGGAACCAGGCCCUUGGAGGCUCAAAUAAGAGUUCUUGACAUCCAAGGGAGCACUCCACAUUGGACUUUCCAAUGCAGAUGUCUUUGUGAUUCAUGCAGGUCCUUUCCCUGGUAGGGCUGCAGAAAACCUGAAGAGGUACAGGGUUUCAGAGAGGGGACCCUGCAGCCUAAAAUGGCAAAAGGUGUCUGCUUCCUGGACCUCUCCUCUAGGUUGAACACCUAAGGUGGGGCCAUCAAGACACAGGCUUGGUCUCAGAACUGGCACAACUCAAUUUCAUUGACUCUCUUUUCUCCUUGGCGCUCACAGUCCUGGGAAGUAGGACUUUUUCCAUUUCUGAAUCCAGAGGCUCAGAAGCUGGAAAAUAUCCUAGAGAAACAAUGCAAGUCAGGCCUGGCAGCUAGAGCAGGAGCCCCAGCUCUCAUGGUCCCUUCCCAGCCCAGUGCUUGGCCAUGGCCCCCUAGAGUGUGUAUCCACUGUGCUAUUUUUCAGAAGAAUAUGAGGAACAGUACUCGGAGGCCAGACUCCUGGGGCAGACCUUCCGCUCUGCUGAUGAGGCCCCUGAGCCCACCCUUAGCCCAAGGCCCCAGGCUGGCAGGCGUCUGGAGUUUGUAUUGAUGGUGAGUUGCCUCUUCCCCCACCUGUGAGAGCCAGCAUACAGAGCUCUCUCUGCACUCAUUGACAGGGGUCCUCAAGCAGUUUACGUUACCCAUCAGAAGCUGCCACUCACCUCUGCCCACCAGCAGAGCUAUCCGGAGGCCCUGCUGAGAUGGGCUGUACACAGCAGGUAUCUGGCCUGGUAGCCUGUCCACACUUUCCUGCCUCCUAGAUGAAGCCUCCAACCACCCUACCUAGACAGCCAUCCCAUGGCAUGGCUCAUCUCGUCGGGAGCACACCCUUCCCAUCACCUUCUUUCCCAACAGCCUACAAAACGGCAGCUGAGCGAGGAUGAGACUACCACCCAGGGUGUGAGGGCCCCUGAGGCCUCCCUGAGCCUGUCUACCACAACCGACAAGCAAGCUGCCUGGAAUAGCCCCUUCCCUCUGCCCAUCCUAGAGGAGAAACGGUGGCCUCAACCUUGCUCCACGCACUCUGACAUUGUGCCCAUCAAUAUCUCUGGGCAGCAGUUUGAUAAACAUGCAAGUUUGCGACACUCGUUGUUUAACACAGAGACAGCCGUGAACCCCAAAUCCACCCUGAGGCGGAGGCGGACCAUUAUUGGAUUCUCUAACUUUUCCCAGCGAGACCAAGGUCACAGCAACAGCCCAGCAGGCAGUGUGGCCUGCUCCACCACCUCAGACAUCAGGCUCAGUCAUUCGGUCCCAGAAGGUGUCCAUGGAAGAGUUGCAGUUGGUCAGGAAGUUCAUUUCCCAAAUCUCCCCUCACCAGUACUGAGGAGUCCUUUGAGUGAUCCAGAAGAAACUCUCCAGGUGCGUGGUGGCACACACCCUCCUAGCAUGGAGAGCAUAGGAAUGGUGUAUAGCAUCCCCAGUUCUUGCAAUGGACCAACUGAAUCGACAUUCUCUGCUUCCUGGAAGGGAGAUACUUUUACCUACAUGACUCCAAGUGCCACCAGUCAGAGUACUCAAGUCAGUGAAAAUGGAAAAAAUCCUUCCUCUGGGAAUGUUUGGGUGUCUCUGCACACACUGCCACCUCUAGUUCCUAAGGAGGCUGCUACCCUCUUUGUUACUUGUGAUAACCCAGCAGGAUGCAGUGGGUCAGUUGGCUACUCUGAGCACCCUGCUCAACGAAGGCAGGCAGUGGAACGACCCUCCAAGAUUGGCCUUCUCACUAGUGUUACCUCAAGGAUGGAGACAGGCCCAGGUGGGGCCAGCAGGUUCCGGGAGCGGUCACUGUCUGUGCCCACAGACUCAGGCACCGCAGAGGUGGACUAUGAUGAGGAACAGAAGGCUGGUGAAGCCUGUGCCCUGCCUCAUGCCAGUACAAGUUCUGAGGGCAGUAACAGUGCUGACAACAUUGCCUCCCUUCGUGCCCAACAGGAGACCCAGCACAGAAGACAGAGAUCCAAGAGUAUCUCGCUCAGGAAGGCCAAAAAGAAGCCUUCCCCACCAAUGCGCAGCGUCUCACUGGUCAAAGAUGAGCCAGUCCUCUUGCCAGAAGGUGGGUCAGCCCUACCCAAGGACCAGAGGCCCAGGAGCCUUUGCCUCUCCUUGGAACACCAAGGACAUCACUCAUCCCAGCAGGAUGCUCAGGGUCACCCAGCUGUGCCAACCUUCAAAGAUCCGGAAGGCACACAAUUCUCCCACCACUGGUAUCUUACUGACUGGAAGUCUGGUGACACCUACCAAUCCUUGUCCAGCUCCAGCACUGCCACGGGCACCACAGUCAUUGAGUGCACCCAAGUUCAGGGCAGCUCAGAGUCUCUUGCCUCCCCUUCCACGUCCAGAGCCACAACACCUUCCCAGCUCUCCAUCGAGGUGGAGGCUAGGGAAGUAUCCUCCCCAGGAAGGCCUGCUGGGCUGAUGUCACCCUCCAGUGGAUACUCCAGCCAGUCAGAGACACCAACACCCACCGUCUCCAUGUCCUUGACCCUGGGCCACUUGCCCCCUCCAAGUGGCAGUGUCCGGGUGCGUCCAGUGGUACCUGAGAGGAAGUCAUCACUACCCCCGACAUCACCAAUGGAGAAAAUGUCCAAGUCACGGCUGUCGUUUGACCUACCACUGACCUCGUCAACCAACCUGGAUCUAUCUGGGAUGAGUAUCUCCAUCCGAAGCAAAACCAAGGUGAGCCGGCAUCACUCAGAUACAAAUUUUGGGGCCAAGCUGGCCCAGAAAACGAGCCCCAACCAGCCAGUUAUGCCCAUGGUUACUCAGUCUGACUUACGUUCCAUUCGCCUGAGGUCAGUCAGCAAGUCUGAGCCAGAAGAUGACAUCGAGAGCCCUGACUAUACUGAGGAAGCAGGAGCAGAAGUCUUCACCUUGCCAGAGAGAAAGAUAAAACCUCCCAUAGCUGAGAAGCCCCCCGUGGCCCGAAGGCCUCCAAGCUUGGUCCACAAGCCACCAUCUGUCCCCGAGGAGUACCCGCUAACUUCGCCUACCUUGGCUAUGACCCCCAAGAGCUCCAUUCAACACACGAGGCCACUCCCUCCAGAUGUCUACACAGUGGUACGGAAACCAAAGUCCUCCAGCCCUGAGGGCAGAAGCCCAGGGGAGUCAACAGCAGCCUCAACUCUUGUUUUCACACCUUUUGCUAGUUCCUCUGGUGCUUUCUUCUCAGGAACACAGCAACCUCCCCAGGGAAGUAUGGAGGAUGGAGGCCCCAAAGUGAGAGCCCUGCCUGAAAGAAUUAGCCUCCAGAGCCAGGAAGAAGCAGAGAAAAAGAAAGGCAAGAUACCACCCCCUGUCCCCAAAAAGCCCAGUGUGCUGUACCUGCCUCUCACAUCACCCACAGCUCAAGUGGAGGUGUAUGGAACCGAACCAAGGCUGUCUCUCAGCCCCAUCAUCACCCUUCAGGAAGAAGCCAGCUGUCCCCCCACCAGUGACCAACUGCAGUCACCUGGUACAAGGAUGACUUCAACACCGGAGGCUGAAGGUGAAAGGGAGGCAAGUCCUCUAGGGAGUUCUACGGAAGCAAGCACUGAAGAAAAAAGUGUAAUCAGUGAUAAAACAGCCGAAUGGAUUGCUGAAGAGGACGAUGAUGUGUUUGUGGCUUCACGCACAACUGAAGAUUUGUUUACUGUGAUACACAGGUCCAAAAGAAAGCUGCUUGGCUGGAAAGAGCCUGGUGAGGCCUUUGCUGGCGGCAGCAGACCAAGCUCCCAUUCACCAAUAAAGAACACAGCUGAUUCUCCAAUCAGUGAGUCAGCUGCUUCCGCGGGGUCAAGCGGCAGUGCCAACCUAGAUGCUGGCAGAAACGAUGAUUUCAAGGCCUUGCUACAGAAGAAGGGAAGCAAGACAACUCCAAGGUCCCGCCCCUCAGCAGCCGAACUGCUGAAGACCACUAACCCACUGGCUCGGAGAAUUAUUGCACAAUUUUCAAAAGACUGUGAAACUACCGAUGACCCCAGUACCUAAAUCCCGAGUUCAGUUAACAGGGUUUAGUUACUAAACUUGAGUAGACAAAGGGAAGAGAAAGGGUUUUAAAAAGUAAUCAUGGACAUAACAGAAGACCCUACAUUUCUUUUACAUUAACUCACACUCUGGACAGCAGGAGACAGGUCACUUUAGAACUAAAUCAUCAGGCACUUUAAUCAUCUUCAGACCUUUUACAUUUUCAUACUUACAAUCUUGCCAUUACCCAACUACCGAUUUUCUCCUUAUCUUCCCCCAGUGUUGUGCCCUGAGAAGAAAUUCUCAGAUGCAAGGGCACAUGUACCAUCUUUUCAAUCAAUGGCCAGGCUGCUCCAUCCCUGACUCCUGUCACUGAGGGGCACAGUGUGAGAGUGGAUUGGGGACUGCCAAAACUGGGGAUCAUAGGGUGCCAUUGCUGAUUAUUCACUUUCCUGGCAAGGCCUUGAUGGCCCUGUGUGGAGAAACAAAAAGACUCUGGUGCCUCUCCAUCCACACUUAAACUCCCCCCACCAGAGAGGUUUGUGGCUGUGCACUUAUUUCAGCAUGGGGUUGAUUGGAUGGCUUUUGUCAUUCAAAAUAUGAAUGUGAGUCUGUCUUGAAAUUCAUGCCUUUUUGAGUUUGAUUGUCUAUGCGGAGAUCAGGGUGACGACUUUCAAUAAACAUGUAGACGACCCCCCCCCCCCGCCCCCGCCAACUAGGAAAAGUCAGGACUGGGUUGCUUUGGAUGAAUCAAGUUCAGCCAACAAAUGAGGCAGCCAUUUGUUCACUCAGAUCUAUCCAAGGUAACUUGCACAUUGUGUCUUGAAAUUCUUCAAGUGUCUGUCAACAAUGAUAGCUAGAAUCAGUGCCCAGCUCAUGCUGCAUUCUAAGAACUCUCGUUUCAUUUGCAUAUAACCUUCAUUACAGGAAGUAAUUAGCUGAAGGAACAGCAUUAUCAAAGGCUCAAGGAGGAAAGAAAGUAAGUGUAACUUGUCCACCUCCAUUCAGUUUAGAUUGUGGUUUGUGGUUCCUUUUGUUUUUGUUUAAAGGAAGUCUUACUCUGUUCCCAAACCAAGAAUGUAUGGACUAAAAAGAAUAUAUCCAAAACCUAAAAGGCAGCCUUGCAAGUGGCUGUGGCCCAUAACACACACACAAAAAGGGCUACUUUUUGCCAUUUAUGUUCCACUGUGUGACUGACUUUACAUUAACUAUGUUGGGGGAGAGUGUAGGAACUCGGGGGAAAUGAGAUGCUGACGGAGCCCCCAGAGCAAUCAUUGUGACUGCUCCCCACACAAGCUUAUAGGCACUAACUAUUCUUGUCAGUUCAAUUUUCUAAGCAGAGCAAGAGAAGUAAUUCAUUUGAUUUUCAUGUGUCUGGUUUUGGGGAGGCUGGGGGAGAAAAACAGUCAACGCAUUGAACAAAAACUAGCUGACCAAUAAUGGAGGGUUAAUGGUCCACAUUCUCAAGAAGGGAAAAGAAAAGUCAAAUGAAAUUGUAGCCUGAUUCCUGGACCCCUUCCUCCUUCACUGCCACCCCCCCAACCCAACAGAUUCAUUGGCCAACAUCCUGGAUGAUGCAGAAACUGCCCCAGAGACAAGCAGAUCUUGAUUUUGAUAGGUCACAUCACUCACCAAUGAGAAGCAAGCUCUUAGCUCCACUGCCCACACUCCUGCAGACAGAGCAGCUGAAAAACUACACUGAGAGCUGAGAAGACUUGGGCCUCUCAUUCAAAGGUCUUAAGCCUACGCCCUUGGUUGGUACAGGUCUGAAUUCUAGACUUCUAAGUGCAGGCCAGGCUCAUCAACUUCUUUGCAAUCAGCACUGCCCCCUGACUUAGAGGCCACUUAAAAUAAUAAACAGUGAGAACCCAGUUGCUUUUGAAAGCAUUCAAACUAUUUGAUUUGAAGGUCCAGAUCAUAUUUCAGGGGUUUUGCCUGAAAUAAAAUAGAUUCAUUCCUGGCCUGAAUUUAUAUCUGAAUGCCACACUUGUCUGCCCCAGACUCAGAAUUCCAAAAGACAGAAACAUUUUUUCCUCUGCAGGGAAAUGAAGGGGUGUUCAUGCUUUGGCCUAACAAAAGUGAAAGGCUGCCAGGGCCUUCUCAUUGGAAACCACUUUGAACAGCUGAGCUCUGAAGCCAAAUAAGAGACUCAUAUAGUACGGGAUGUGUUACUUCUACUGGUUUUUCUGGAAGCUUCUUGUUUGCUACUUCUAGUGGGUUUCACCUUUCUAUCCCUGGGUGGUUUUCCCAAAAGAUUCUAAAGCUGAAUGCCCAGACACUUUUAUGUUUUGCUGUUACCUUGAGUCUUGCUUUCCUCUACAAUAGUCUGUAUACCUGGAAUUUUUGUAACAUCUUCUGCAUCAUUACUAUGGCCUUCAAAUACCCAGUGGUGUUUCCAUUAGCACAAGAGGAUUUGGGGCAGAGAUUUUAUGGUCAGAGGUAACAUUGAGGGCAAGAAAUAUUCCUUUAAUAUUUUGCAACAGGUGUACCUAAUCCCAGGCAAACAACCAAACUGUAGAAUUUGUUAGUCACUGAUGACUAUGACACCAAACAUCUUUCCUACUCCUAACCCUCAACCUCUCUCAUCCCCAUAAUUAUAACACCAACUCUCCCACCGAGGCACAGAGCACAAUGUUUGCUGCCCUCUGUACUGACUCUGUUAAGACCAGAGAAGAGAGGCUGACAGCCCCUCCAUGUAGGCUUUCAGAGACCUAGUACUGCCACGGUCACUAGUGCAAAUAAUAACGAUCACAAUUUUUGAGCAUGGAAUACAGAAGGGGUUCAAGUAAAAUGAAGUUUGCCACAGGAGGUCAGCUUCCAAUUCAAGUUGUUUCUAUCCUUUUGUUUGCUCUGAUUCCAACCGAUAGCCACAGGUAGCUCUGCUGGACUAACCUCAGUGUAGUCAUGAGUAGAGGGAGUCAUCCCCAGGAGAGGUCAAUGGGUAGCAAAGAGUGAUUUACUCUUGGUGGGUAUUCAUUACGUAUUUGUGGUUCAAAUGUCAAGAGUAGACAGCAAGCCAUUCUUGGUAGAGCAGGAAGCCUCGCUAGUAUCUCCUCUCCUUUGUCUGCCUCAUCUCUCACCUAAGCCUCCCACUUGCCCCAACUUGUCCCUCAGCCCCGACUCCUGUGAACUGCAUCCCUAACCUACAGCUUACCCUUUAAGGAGGCAAGACCACAAACAGCGAAAUAGUUCGUGUUAGCCUAAUGACCUCAAAUAGACCAAUUGGUCUGAAGGCAUCCCCUUGAAUGUGCAAAGACUAGAGAAGAUUCUAUAAAGGCUUACAACAAGCAUUUCACUGGACAUCCAUUUUAAAUCUCUAGACAACACAGAUCAGAUUGUGAUCCUGCAGUACCUAUCUGAGCAGAUGUUUCCGUGCACCUGCCCUCUUCCUGAUAAACUAUUCCUUAAAAAAUUGAGUUUGUGGCCAGUGCUCUUGUUCCUCACCAGUGCAGCCUUCCAUCAUCACCAAGUCUGUAACACAAUAGUAGGCUUUCACUUUAAUCUGAUUUUCCAGGGCCAGGACUAGAGUGAGGUGAACGAAGCGCCCACUCUCAGGGCCGCACAAGUGCCUUACCCUCGUCUCAGCCCUGCACUUUGCACUCUAUGAAUAUCAGUUUAUCUUCUUCCUGUAAGUGUGGUUCCUCUGAUAAAUCCCUGUUGUUGCACCAAA